AUGCGUGUUACUCUGUCUGCUGUCGCUGCGCUCGGUCUCCUCAGUGCCCAAGUAUUGGCCAAGAAAAAUACUGCUGAAAGUGCUUCUGAUAAUGGAUUUCUUGACACUGAUUGGAUCAAGCAGCAUUUGGGCGCUCGUGGAGGUUAUCCAUCUAAUUCUGUCCCUCAAACGGAUCCCAUUGUCAAAAAGUACCAUGUGGAUCAAAUGCAGGUCAUUAUCCGCCAUGGCACUCGUUAUCCUGAAGAUAGCGAUACUGAAGGCAUCAAUGAUGCUCUUGCCUUGUUGGCCAAGAGUAAGAAUGCUACUCUCACUGGUUGGGUUGCUGAUUAUGACAACAAGUUCUUGCCUCGCCGUGCUGGUGCCUUGGAUAGAAACGGUCAAUUGGAGCAUUACUUACACGGUAAACGUUUGGCCAAGAGUUACCCUGAUCUAAUUGAAUCUGUCAUUGAUGACGAUGUUGUUCAAUUUACCGCAUAUUCUUCUUGGUCCAACCGUACUUCUCAAUCUGGUCAAGCUUUCUGUAUGGGUACGUUUGAAGGUUAUGGCGCUUUGGGCAAGAAGAACAUGCUAGCAGUUCCUCAAUUGAGUUAUGCCCAAAAUAAUGACUCUUUGAUUGCUUUCCACAAGUCUUGUCCUCGUUGGCAAAAGGAGGUUGACAAUGCUGGACUCGUCGAUGCUGCUAUUGAGCCUCUCAAGAAAGCUUACAUGGCCCCUAUUGCUGCUCGUCUCACCAAGGAUUUGGGCAUCAACAUCACUGCUUCUGAUGUCAAGGAUAUGCACAGUGCUUGUGGUUCUGAGGUUACUAUGCACAACAAUGCCAACACCUUCUGUUUGCUCUUUACCAAGGAUGACUUUCUCAAGAUGGAAUACUAUGACGAUCUUAAACACUAUUACAAAUACUCUUAUGGUAUUCCUGAUAUCAACACUGAAAUGGCCUGUGAUUUAGCCAAGACUGUCAUGAAUAACAUUGAACUCGCGGUCAGCAAUACCACUGAAGAUUACCCUCGCUUGGACCUAAAAUUUGGCCACACUGAGACCUUAUUACCCUUCCGUACCUUCUUGGGUCUUCGUAAAGACAAAGAAACUUUGCACUGGAACUCUACACAACAAGUCAUCGAUAACCGCAAAUUCAAAAUGUCUGAAUUCAACUUUUUCGCAAACAACAUUGCUUUCCAGGUUUUGUCAUCCAAGAAUAGUACUGACAAGUUUGUGCGCGUUUUGGACAAUGAAGUUGCUAUUGUAUUUCCUGGUUGUGAUAAUGAAGUUUGUCCUAUUGAACAAUUCCGUAAGGCCUUGAAUCCUCUCUUGACUUGCGAUUUCAACAAAUUGUGUGCUGCUUAUUAA